AACUGGGCCCGGCUCCCGCGCGUGCGUCCGUCUAGGCGCUGUCACGCUGGUCGUGUUCACGGCUCGGGCUCGACGGCAGCGGUAUCAUGUGCAACAGGGCCGCGAAACAGGUCCACACACGAUCACAUGCGGCGAUCACGCGAGGCCUCGCCAGCACCUGAGACGAUCCCAGUUCGAACCUCUGCAGAACCUCGACUGCAGGAGACCCGCUUAGCGAAAUCAGACCUGCCGUCCUCUGCUCAUCUUCUCACCCAAUCAGAACCAGCCAAACACUCAGAUCCAUUACUUCCAGUCACUGCAGCCUCUCUACGACCAAGAUCUGGACAAUGAUGUCAUCACCGGUGCUUCAUGUAAAGGCCAGAUGUUCCCAGUAUCCAGGCUCUAAUGUCAGGCGCUGUCCUGUUCCUGAUGACAAGGUGGAUUGGAGUCAGAGCUGGCCUGAGUAUGCCCCAGUAAACCACACCAGUCCUGUGGUAGAAAAAAAGCCAGUAUGGGCAGAUCCUGAUAUUGGCUCCUUCUCUCCAAAGUUCAACACUUUGGAUGGUAACGUGGACAGGACAAGCUUUGAACGUGUCUACGAAGUGCGAGAUGGAAAACCAUUAAAUCCUCGUGGACGCACAGGGGUCACUGGGAGAGGUUUGCUUGGACGAUGGGGACCCAAUCAUGCAGCAGAUCCUAUUGUCACCAGGUGGAAGGUAGAUGCCCAAGGAGUAAAAAUGCACCACUCAGUUUCCAAACAGCCAAUCCUGCAGUUUGUGUCCAUCAUGAGGAAAGACUGUGGGGAAUGGGCCAUUCCUGGGGGGAUGGUGGAUCCAGGAGAGCAGGUUUCUCUCACGCUGCAGCGCGAGUUCUCAGAAGAAGCGUUGAACUCGCUUUCAGCCUCGCCAUCAGAGAAAGAAGAAAUCCUUAAGCGCAUCAUCAAACUCUUUAAAUCUUCAGGAUUUCAGGUCUAUAAAGGUUAUGUAGAUGAUCCCAGAAACACUGACAAUGCUUGGAUGGAGACAGUUGCUGUCAACUUCCAUGAUGAAUCAGGCAACAGUGUGAGUGAGCUGCCGCUGCAAGCCGGCGAUGAUGCAGGACAAGUCCAAUGGGUGGACGUUGACUCGUCCUUUCCUCUCUACGCGAGUCAUUCCUAUUUCCUGGAGCUGGUUGCCAGAGAGAGGAAAGCCCACUGGUAACAAAGGAUGAAAGACUGGUCUGGAAAACAGAAGGAGGAACGUCUCAUGUUCUAAACAUGCUUGUGCAUUUAUGCAUGACUUCUAACCUCAAGCAUCUUUUACUUGUUUUAUGAUUAAUUAUAAAAACCUAAUAUCUGUCUGCAUAUUUUGUACCACAGCACUAUGACUAUGCUCUUCAGACUAAUGCAUUAAAUAUAUAGCAGUAGCAGGUUGAAAUGUUGCAGUCUGAUGCUAAAAGUUAAAGCUGAUGUUUGACUUUUGUUAUUAAACUACUGUAAAAGAAAAAAGAUAAAUCGGACACUUUCAUAAAAUGUGGUGUUUAUCAUCAUAGUGCUAAUCAUGGUGUUUACGUUGGCACAAAUUAUACUAAUGUAUGCAGUGUUAACAGGGGUCGAAUUAAUCCACCACAAUGAGCUGCUGAGCACAACACGCACAGCAUUAAUUGAAGUGUGGUCAUCAGAAUAAAGAAGUGUGGGCUGACUUUGAUCUUUAUUGUGAGUAGAAUAUGAAGAUGUUCAGCAGCUCCACAUGGAGCCGUGCACUGAUGCUGGAGUGAGAAAGGCUGAAACAGAUGUUCAGGUGCUAAUGGUAGAAGGUAAAGCUGUAUCACAGAAUCAGGUGUCCACUUAUUUACCUAAACUGAAAUUUUUUGACAUGUAACAUCAAUACUGGUUGUUCUUCUGGUAAACCUGCAAUAAGAAUGGAAUAAAUUAUUGAGAUUGAGGAUUAAAUUUACA